UUAACCAGAUGAUACUCAAAACAAGUAGUUGUCCAAUCGAGCGCGAUUAACUUCGGACGCCAGAGCGGCGUGUCCAACGUUCCGGCAACCUGCCCCUAUAUAAUAUUAUUACCAUUAAAAUCUCUGGUCGCGCAGACUCGAUUCCCGGUCGGAGGGGUCGCCAAAUGUGAGAAGGGGCUGCUGACGAAUCGGCCUCCCCCAGAAGGAGCAAAUCCGCACGGUGGUUGUACGGUACCCACCCGCAGGACGCGUCAUGGACAACGAGCAGGUCCCCGCGGUGGGACGCGUCCGAGACUUUUUGUCCAAGUUCGACUCGGACGAGGAUAACAACCAAAUCAAAAAAGGCGUCCUGUCCAACCCGUCCACCCCGAACGCCAAACGCAAGCUAGUGACUGCUCUGGUUGGACAGCUCGAGAAGAGCAGCUCGGAACCAAACGUGGACAACCCGGACGAGGGCAAGAUCAGGGCUGUCAAGUCGGACAACCGGAUCUCAAACGAGGAGAGCAGCGUGGAAGAAAAGAAGGAGCACAUCACCAGUGCCGACGAAGAGCACGCGCUGAAGGAGCUGCAGACGCAGAUCAGCAACCUGAAGCCUUCCCAACUUAAACUGGGCGUCGAGAUGAUUCCUGACCACGAUGGGUCGGAGGAUGCCCGCAAGGACGGCGAAGGUCUAAUAAUGCCUCGCAAACCAGCAAAUCCUUGCCUUGAGUCCGACGAUCGCAAGAACCUCCACCGCGAAAUAAUGUUCAAUAAAAAGCUGGGCAUAAAUGUGCUAAACCAAAAAAGUGAGCUUCAGAGGGCGAUGGAGAAGCACAAGGACCAGGCGGCGCGCAAAGAGGCUGAAAAGGAGAAGCUCAACAACAAAACUGCGUUCGAGAAAGUGAUAGAGGAGCGCGCCCGUCGCCUUGAAACGCAAGAGAAAUCGGAGGAGGAAGAGCACAAUGAUCAGAAGCCUGAGUUUCUGCAGGUGCACGCCAAGCUGCGUUCACGAAUGGACCCCAACAAGUAGGGACGCCAACUCUGUCAACACUCACACCCUCCUCGACUGAGCUGCUGCCAAUGAGCUGCCCUCAAAGGAUUUUAACUUGUAGACUUUUUCGCAAACCGCAUAAGCUGGCGUCCUUUGAGAUCGGCCGCGCCAUAAAAGUGAUCAUGUUCUGUCAAAUUCCUAACACAAGACCUGCUAGAUUUUAUCGUUUUCCAAGAUACCUCGCUGUGCCUUCCUUCAGACCCAAGAACAACAGUGAAAUUUCCGGCUAGGCUGAUCAAUAUUUUGUCUAGGCUGUAAGAGAGAAUUUUGUCUGUCAAGUCACUAGCUAGUCAAAUGUAUCAUCAACUCAAACAUUCACCAUCCUCACAAACUCGCAACCAUUGUUUCUCACUCUUCUCCUUUUAGCUCCUUUCCUGGCAUGGUGCAUUAAUUUAAAUUGUUAUUACUCUAUACUGUAAUCAAUAUUUAAUGGUGGUUUUUGAUCGUGAUGUUUGAAUAGCAACAAUCUUCUUAGAGGUGCAGCACUGAUUUUAAUCAUUCCUUUUACUAUCUCUUAAAUCAGGAUAACCGAUUAACAGGAAAACUGGAAAAAGGUAAAGUGUCAAGGAUUUUGAAAGUAUACAGGCUUCACAGCUUGAUAUAGAUGUAUAUUUUGUGUAUUAAGUGUGUUAACUUUAAGUAUUAUUAAAAUACAGCGAAAGAUAAGCUACAAUGAUGGAAUAAUAAAUCUCAUGAUGAAA